AUGGGAAAUCUCUAAACUCUGAUAAAUUACCAUGCACCUUUAAACUACGCCUAAGAUUUAAGCGAAUAGAUUAUAGAUUAAGGAAUGCUGGAACACCCAGGCUUAGGUUCAAUUUAACUGUGGAAAAUCAAGGAAACCAAUUUACCUCUGCUAUUUUCAUUUCAUGUCCAUAUAUUUGAAAAAGACUCAUCAAUUAUUGAUAUCCAUAAUUUUCGCAGCUCACUCCAACAUCCUAAUUUGAUUGAGUAUUUUGCCUGUACUAGUUCAAAGGCACUAAAUAUUGGCAAAGUCUAAUCUUAACAAUUCUUUUUUGCUUACUACUAAAAGACUUUAAAGGAACAUAUUUAAUCAACCGCCAUGACUGAGGUCCAAAUUUGGAAGAUAAUCGAACAAAUAGUGGAUGUUAUGGUAUUCUUGUAAAGAAAGAAUAGAUAUCAUGGGAAUAUCAACUCAUAAUCAAUAUUCAUAACUGAUAAUCUUCAUAUCAAAUUAUUAGAUAAGAUAGGGCAAAACCCUAAUCGAAACUCAAUAAAAGAUGAUGUGUAUGAUUUAGGAAUUCUUGUAAUUGAACUCUUAACCAAAAGAACAAAUUAAUUAAAUUUUAUUUAAUAAAUAAAAAAUUUAUAUGGAAAAUUCACUUUAUAACUAUUAUAAUUGGUUGCAAAAAUGAUAGAUGAAAAUCCUGAUAAGCGACCAGACUUUAAUUAGAUCUAAAGUAUGGUUACAAACAGAUUCAAAGAACCAAUAUCUUUGAAUAAUUUAGAAAAAAAUGCAUAUCAAAAUAAAUUGGCUUCAAGAAUUUCAACUUAGGGGUAGUUGUAAAAUGAUAAAAUGAAAUCUACUCAGGAUUAGUCUCUUCUAAGAAGUCAAUAUCCUUAUUUGAUGUCUUAAAAAUCUGUCAUUAAUUCAACAAUUUUAAGAUGCGAUACCAAUCAAAAUUUACAGGAUAGCCAAUCAAAUAAUGCAUCUCCUUCUAAUUUAAAUAAUCAAUUUUUAACGCCACGUAAAAUCUUAUCAGGUUAGAAACCGCUAUACUCUACUACUGCCUAUAGAGGAAGUCCUUAAAACUAAAGAUACUUAGAUAAUUAGAUCACUCCAAGGAAUUUAGAAUUUAAUCUUUGA